AUGCCCAUCUAUACCCCUACAGCAAGCUCAGAUUCCGACGACGACUCGCCCAAGAUGGAGCUUGUAUAUUUCAGUAAUGAGUUUCCAAGCGAGGACCUACAGAAUCUCUUCCGUCAGCUACACAGUCAUAGUAAGGACAAGAAUCAUCCGGUCUUAGCUUGCUUUUUAAACGAGGCUACAUGGGCCGUCAAAGAUGAAGUCCGGCGACUUCCAACUGAACUAAAGCAGCUUAUCUCACCGUUUGAAACCAUUCUAAGCUGGGCAGAAGAUACUGAGCUCCGAGAAGGACUUAUCUGUGGUGCCGUAGACGGGGUUCUCCUUACUGUCGUUCAACUGGCGACAUAUAUUGGAUACGCUGAAAGUUACCCAGAAGAGCUGUGCGACCUGUCGAAUACGUACCUUGCAGGUUUGGGUAUCGGGCUUCUGGCAUCGACUGCCGUUUCACUUUCGUCUACACUGGCUACUUUGCCACUGGCUGGCGCAGAUGCAGUUCGUCUGGCCUUUCGCUUGGGAAUCCAUGUUCAAGGUGUUUCAGAGAAUCUUGAAGCCCGAGAUCUUUCAGAAAAGCCUGAUACAUGGGCAUACGUCGUUCACAAUGUGGACUCAGAGGCUGCCCAAAAAGAGUUGAAUGUCAUGCACUCACGGUUCGAGACACCAGAGACUGCCAAGCUCUUUGUCAGUGCAGUUAGUCGCACUUCAGUCACGGUGAGCGGGCCUCCAACUCGACUAAAAGCUCUCUUCAACAAGUCGGAAUUUUUCCGUGGAUCUAGAUUCAUUGCAUUGCCAGUCUAUGGCGGACUCUGUCAUGCACCGCAUAUUUUCGGACAUCAAGAUAUUUGGAGUAUCGUCCAUGGAAGCUCGUUAAACAGUAUCAGCAGAAAGGCCUGGCCAGUGGUACCAGUGUACUCGACUAGUACAGGCUUACCAUACCCAGCAAAAACCGCGGGAGAGCUAUUCGAAUCUGUUGUUGCGGAACUCCUUACCCACUCAAUCUAUUGGGACCGUGUCAUUCUUGGGCUGGUUGACAGGGUCAAAUGCAUUGGGGCCUCCGAAGCAGUUCUACACUGCUUUGGCAAUUCCAUACCAUUGAACGAUCUGAAUACUGCCUUGAAGGAUGGUCUGCCGAAAACAAAAGUUCUAAUCAAUAACCUUAUUCCGUGGAUGUCCGAAAUUUCGCCAACAGGCACUACCACUCGCAGCCCAGCACAGUCCAAGCUGGCUAUCAUCGGCAUGUCCUGCAGAAUCCCAGGUGGAGCAACCAAUACAGAGAAGUUCUGGGAGCUUUUAGAGAAAGGCCUGGAUGUGUCGAGACGGAUCCCACCUGAUCGGUUCGACAUUGAUACACACUUUGAUCCUACUGGCAAAGAGCUUAACAAAAGCAUGACGCAGUAUGGCUGCUUUAUCGAUGAGCCCGGUUUAUUUGAUGCCCCUUUCUUUAAUAUGUCUCCGCGAGAAGCCCAAGUUGUCGAUCCGCAAAUGCGUCUAGCGUUGGUUACCGCGUAUGAAGCGUUGGAGCGUGCGGGAUACGUUGGUAAUCGCACUGCUUCCACGCAGUUGCAACGAAUUGGAACGUUUUAUGGCCAGGCUGCUGAUGACUAUCGCGAGGUCAAUCAAGGACAGGAGGUAAGUACGUACUAUAUCCCUGGUGGAUGUCGUGCAUUUGGUCCAGGCCGUAUCAAUUACUUUUUCAAAUUUUCCGGUCCAAGUUACAGCAUCGAUACGGCAUGUUCCUCGGGUCUCGCCGCUAUCGAGGUAGCAUGCCAGGCUCUAUGGAAUGGCCAAGUUGAUACCGCAGUGACUGGCGGUGUCAACGUACUGACUAACCCUGAUGGCUUCACAGGAUUGUGCAACGGUCACUUCCUUACCAAAGGACACAAUGCAUGCAAGACCUGGGAUGCUACCGCUGAUGGAUACUGUCGAGCUGACGGUAUCGGUUCUGUGGUGAUUAAGAGGCUCGAAGACGCCGAAGCAGACAACGACAACAUUCUAGGUGUUAUUCUCGGCGCUGGAACCAAUCAUUCUGCUGAAGCAGUCUCAAUAACUCACCCACACGCGGGUCAUCAAGCAUAUCUCUCCCGCCAGGUGCUCCGCCAAUCUGGAGUAGACCCAUUAGACGUAUCGUAUAUCGAGCUCCACGGAACUGGCACACAGGCUGGGGACUAUGAGGAGAUGAAGGGAGUCAUGGAAGUAUAUGCGCCUCUCACCAAACGCCGUGGUAAAGAUCAGCCGCUACACAUUGGCUCAGUGAAAGCAAAUGUCGGCCACGGUGAAUCCGUCGCCGGAGUUACCUCGUUGAUCAAGGUGCUUCUUAUGCUCCAAAAGAACGCCAUCCCACCGCACAUAGGCAUCAAAACAGAAAUAAACCCUAAAUUUCCCCGAGACUUUGACCAGCGCAACUUGAAAAUCCCAUUUGAAAUGACCUCUUGGCCGCAGGUACCAGGGAAAAAGCGAAUUUUGGCUGUCAAUAACUUCGGUGCUGCGGGUGGAAACACGACAAUGAUCCUUGAAGAAGCACCAACUCGUGAUAUCGAAGAAAAGGAUCUUCGUCGGACUCACAUAAUUGCCGUAUCAGCCAAGACUAAGGGGUCCCUGGUGGGCAAUAUCGAGCGGCUAAUUGCGCAUCUCAAUGCGCAUCCAGAUAUCAACAUCGCUGAUCUUGGGUACACGACAACUGCACGCCGCCAUCAUCACAGCCACCGGAUUGCAGUUUCUACUACAGAUGUUAAUCAUCUAAAAAAGCAUCUGGCCGCUAGCUUGGAAAAGACUGAUUCCGUCAAGCCGGUAGGAAAAUCUGGACCGCCACCAGUUGCUUUCACAUUCACUGGCCAGGGAGCUUCGUACAAAUCCAUGAACCUAGACUUGUACAGAGACGUCCCCACGUUCCGAGAGACCAUUCAGCAUCUUGACUCUCUUGCCCAGGGGCAGGGAUUCCCGUCUUUCAUCCCCGCGAUUGAUGGAUCACAUCCUAAAGAUUACGUACACUCUGCGGUAGUUACUCAACUUGCACUAGUCUGCACAGAGAUUGCCUUAGCCAAGUACUGGGCCACUCUUGGAGUCAAGCCGGAUGUUGUUAUGGGCCAUAGUCUCGGCGAAUAUGCGGCAAUGCAUGUCGCCGGUGUCGUGACAGCCAACGACACCAUCUUCAUGGUCGGACGCCGUGCCCAGAUGCUGGAAGAACAAUGCAAGAUUGGCAGCCAUAGCAUGAUGGCAGUGAGAGCGUCCCUGGCCCAGAUUGCUGAGGUCUCUGCUGGCAAGCCACAUACAAUUGCUUGUGUGAAUGGUCCCUCCGAUACAGUGCUCAGUGGGGCCAAAGACCAGAUGGACGAAAUUGCAGCCAUCUUAGAGGCUGCCGGAUAUCGAUGCAUCAAACUCGAUGUUGCAUUUGCCUUUCACUCCGAACAAACAGACCCUAUAUUGGACGACUUUGAAGCCAUUUCGAAGUCCGGCGUAAUAUUCCAGGAACCAAAACUUCCUGUCAUCUCGCCGCUGCUCGGAAGAGUGGUCUUUGAUGGCAAAACGCUAAAUGCCAACUACGUACGUCGAGCCACUAGGGAAGCGGUGAACUUCCUAGCAGCACUGGAGAACGCACAGAACGUCUCUACCGUGAGUAACGAGACUGUCUGGAUUGAGAUCGGGCCCCACCCCGUAUGCACAGGGUUCGUGCGAUCGACCAUCCCAUCAACCCAACUUACUAUACCUUCGCUGCGCCGUGGUGAAAAUAAUUGGAAGACUAUGUCGGAAAGUAUGGCUGCGCUCCAUCUUGCCGGGAUGGAUGUUAGUUGGAAUGAGCUCCAUCGACCGUUUGAAGGAAGACUCCGUCUCCUUGACUUGCCUACGUACGCCUGGAAUGAUAAGACAUACUGGCUGCAGUAUAACGGAGAUUGGUGUUUGACGAAGGGUAACACAUUCUACGACUCUGAGAAAGAAGUCACCAAGGCAAAGCUCAUAUCAAGUGCCCAAGUGACAAGCGAGGUUCAAACAUCUACAGUGCAGCAGAUUAUCGAACAAGACUUCAACGGUUCUGCAGGUACUGUCGUUAUGCAGUCAGAUGUUAUGCAGCCAGACUUUCUUGCAGCCGCGAACGGCCAUCGUAUGAACAAUUGUGGUGUGGCUACAUCGUCGAUUCAUGCCGACAUUGCAUACACUCUUGGUGGACAUCUACACCACAAAUUACGUCCAAAAACGAAGGAAGUGCACAUGAAUAUUAUAAAUUUACACGUCACCAAAGGACUUGUAGCUCAGAGCAACACAAAGAAACCUCAAUUGAUUCGUGUGACCGCUACUACCGCUAAUAUCGACUUAGGAAUUGUUGACUUAACGUGGCAAAACGUCGACAAUGCCGGCAACGCUAGGGAAUCUUUCGCAACAGCUCAGAUAAUAUUUGGUAAUGCGUCCGAAUGGCUGUCUUCAUGGGUUCCCAUGGCACACUUCGUGCAGGGCCGGAUCGAAACGCUUGAGCACAUGGCGGCAACAGGUCAAGCAAGCCGGCUGUCACACAGCAUGGCAUACAAACUUUUUGCUAGCAACUUGGUUGACUACGCUGAUAAGUACCGGGGUAUGCAAUCAGUGGUAAUGUAUGGACUAGAAGCGUUUGCGGACGUAGAACUCACCACCAAGGAUGGUGGAGUAUGGACUGUACCGCCAUACUUUAUCGACAGUGUGGCACACUUGGCUGGAUUUACCAUGAACUGUUCCGACACAAUGGACACGAAGAAUAACUACUGCGUGACGCCUGGGUGGAACUCGAUGCGGUUUGCGAAACCACUGCUUCCAGGGGCCAAGUAUCGAUCAUAUGUCAAGAUGAUACCAACUGUCGAGGACCCUACUGUCUACUUUGGCGACGUGUAUAUCAUGCAGGACAAUGUGAUCGUCGGUAUGGUCGGAGGAAUUCAGUUCCGUCGCUAUCCACGUAUUCUGCUUGCUCGGUUCUUCUCCCCUCCUGACAAGAUGCCGGUGAUGGAGGCCAAGGCGCCUGUUGCAAAAUCUUCAGUGUCAACACCACAACCCGUGACAGAAGCAAAGCAUCCUAGUGCGGCUGAUAAGAGCGAAUCUCUUCCGUCAUCAGUAGAGACUAUACCAGCAGAAUCCAAACCGGUAGCAAAGGCGAACGUUGAAUCAGCGGUGUCUUCCAACAGCAUCACCACCAAAGCCCUCGCACUUAUUGCCAAAGAGGCGGCUCUUGAAAUCUCCAAGUUGGAAGAUGACGCGAGUUUCUCUCACCUGGGUAUCGACAGUCUGAUGUCACUAGUCAUCUCGGAAAAGUUCAGGACGGAAUUGGAUGUCAAAGUCAGCGGGAGUAUGUUCUUGGACUAUCCCACGAUUGGCGAUUUGCGUAAAUGGCUGGAAGAAUAUUACAGUUAAGCGAUAUGAACUAGAUAUCAUGAUUGUGAUCUCGCCUGG